UGGAAAUAUGAUUUAUUAUAUCUCAGUCUUGAGAAAAUAUCCGAGAAUAUCAAUGCAUACACCUAUAAAUAAGCGUAUAUGUUAAAUUAUAUAUUUCAUUUGGAGCGUUUCUGGAGAAAGUUAAAAUUGAAAAUAAUUAUGAGAAUGGAUUCAAACUGUCGCGUCAUCAAAUCUAAGUCAUCUAACACUGCUAUAAGAACAAAAUCUGGAAAUAGAACCGACAAGAAGAGUAGAAGCAAUGUAGAAUUUCAGAAGAACAAUCUCAAGAAGAGAGGGAUGUAUGUGGAGAAGAAACCAACAACAACGAGAAUACACAGCAAAGGUAAUGCAAUGUUUUUUGUUAAUGAAAUGGGGGGGACUGACUUAGAAGAACGAAAGGCUAUAAAACCGCAAUUUCAACGACGAGCCGACCGUAAACAAUUUCUAAAAUCUGUAUUAACUAUACUAUCAAAAACAACAGCAGCCACCCAAUAUCCCGAGGAAGAUCAUAAUAUAGGAAAUAUUAAAAAGAGAAACAAAAUUAAUAUUAAAGGUAAAAGAAAAGUUAUCGAUAAAGACACAGUAAAAUAUGAAGAUAAAUCAGUAGGUACUGAAGGAAAAUAUAAAUCAAAUACACUUAAUGCACAAGUUAAUAAAUCUAUUGAUGAGGAUAAAUUGGUUGUUUUGCAACCUCGAAAAGAUAUAAUACAAACACCGUCGAUUUACUCCGAAUGUGGAUUAUUUAAAUGCACAGAUUCAUCGCCGUUUCCCGAAAAUAAUAUUGUUGACAAUGCCAAAUUAAUCAAUGAGCUAAAUAAUGUUUUUAAUAAUAAAGGACUAAAAGAACAAAUUGCAGAUUACAAAAUGAAAGAUGACAAGAAAGUUAGGAUUGAUACUACUACAGCUACUUUAGUGGAAAACACUAAGGACGAUAAGGGUUUAUAUAAUUUUUUUGUAGAUUUGUUGCAAACGACCUUUAAUACGUAUAACGUUGAAGCAGAAAAUAAUACCACUACAAAUCUACCAAGUGAAGAGCGUUCGGCAGCAGUUUUUGAAAUAGAUGAAUCAGUAGCUGAAAUACUUAACGUAAAAGAUUAUGACGCUUCAUCCAUGUCUGCUAAAAUUAUAGAGAAGCCUUCUAAACGUUACUACUGCACGACUGAAUCAGAUUUCAAUGAUCUAGUUGAACAACCUGAAAACGUGCCAGAUUCAGUGAACCAGCAGUUACUACCAAAAUCACAGAGGCGUGGCAAUAGCAAACUGAAAACUCAAUCGUUCUUUUACAACGAAAAUAGAUUAACAGACUUGAAAUCGAAAAGCACUGUAAUGGAUAAGAGAUCGUCGUUUUCUAGAAAAAAUAAUAAGCAAACAUUAUUGAACAUGUUUAAACAGGAACUAAAGUUGGACGCAGAUUCUUAUGAAGACCCACAGAACUUGUAUCAAGCAUUACAUUUGAUAGCGAGGAAUAAACGCAAAUGUCAAAAAUCAAUACGCUUUAAUAAAGAUAGUAUUAAGAAAACUGAUUCAGGCUUCAAUAAAGAAUGUAUGUUUAAAAGAAGAAAAGUUAUAUCACUUAGUACCAAAUUGACUAAGAAGCAAUUAAAUGAGCAAGAUAUAGCAAGAAGCAAUUAUAGAUCAGUAACAUCAAGCACUAAAUGUUCACAAUUUAGUAACAAAACUAAAAGUAAAUAUAUCAAAUCUGAGUAUAGUACAAAUUUAGAUGUAGACGAAUCUAAUCAUUCAUUAGAAGUAUAUUCGUUUGAUGAUGAAAUUACUGGCAAAUAUGCCACUCCGCUUCCUAACGAAGUAGUGUUGCAUCAUUCUUCUCCGUCGCUCAGUGAUGGAGAAUUGGGCAUUAAUGAUCCCAUUCAUAAAUAAAUAGAUAAUGUGAAAAUUAUGACAGUUAUAUAUGUAUACAAAGAAGCAAGUG